AUGGGCCGCCAUUGGGGCCUGUGGGCCCACACCAAGGGCCUGUCUGUCAUCGUAAUGGUGAUGGGCUCUGCAGGGCAUGCUCCUUGCACUGGAGUGUGCAUGGCUGACAUGCACGGCUCAGUCUGCAAAGUGUUUUUGCACAUGCUCAGGCAUGUGAGUGGCGUUGCCACUGGUGGCGACUUUGCUGGUCAUGUGGACUGGCAAGUGGAGCAGAGAGUCCACCAGUGUGGGCGGAGUACAAAGGUGUCUUUCAUGUGCGCAUGUGGUGGUAGCCAGAGCAGCCAAUUUGCAGCACAACUGGUGAGAAUGUUUCGAUCUCGGAAAUGUGGGAUCUGCGAUGUAGAUGGCAAUUCGAUUGCCAAAGCCACAAGUUUGCACUGGCAAAGUACCUUGUGCUCUUCUCCAGGCCUGUGCUUCGUAAAAAUGGAGCUGUCAGUGUGA